AUGCGCAUUUUUCAAGGUAUACCACAAUUUCCUGCUUUAGCAAGUGAUCGGAAACGUGAGUUGUACAGUUAUGAACAAACCAUUGUGAUAAGAGAUGCAAAUUUAAAUGAUAAAGUUAAUCACUGCGAAGUAAUUGAAGUUUACGAGAAAAAGGAAGUUGUGGAAGUUUUGAAUAAAUUAAAAUCCCAGUUCAAUUUAAAAGUUGAAAAAAUUGACAUGGUCAGAAUGAUGGCUUUAGUGCGCGAUUGUGAUUCAGUUGACAACUUAGACAGCAAGGAAAGAGCAAACGAAGUGCCAAAAAUAAAGUCACGUUCACCAAAUGCACUGAUCAAUGGCAUUUUUCCAGGAACAAAGUGGUGUGGACUAGGAAAUAUUGCUAAUGGUUUUCAUGACUUAGGAAAGUUGCACAAUGUAGACAGAUGCUGCCGAUCUCAUGACUUUUGUCCCAUUAAAGUUCUUAAAAAAGAUCAACGUUACAAUCUCACCAAUACAGCAUUCUAUACAAAGAGCCAUUGUUUAUGCGAUGAAACUUUUUAUGACUGCUUGAAAAAAGAUAACGGAUGGUCAGCCAUAUUUAUUGGAAAUAUUUAUUUUAACGCAGCUUCACCAAACUGUAUUAAAGGUGUACCUGAACAGUCUAAAGAAACAAUGAAAUUUAUACCUGCUACCAAAAAAUGGUAG